UUGUUGUUCAGUGUUCAGUCUUCAGUCGAUCUUUGCACUUCGGUAAAUGAGGUUCGCUCUCGCGUUGUAAGUUGUGCUUUAGACUUUUACGCCGGCUUCAUUAUCAAUUCCGUCCCAGUCGUCAAGUGCUUACUAUAUACUUUUUUGUGGUUUCGCAAGUUCUUGCAUAUUUUGCUUUACCAGAAUUUCCAAAAAAAAAAAAAAACAAAAAAAACAAAUAAGUAAAAAAUGCCGGUUGACAUAAGAAACGUGUUGGUUUGUGAUGCUGUGGACAAUGCUUGCGUUGAACUUCUAGAAAGUCAUGGCAUAAAAGUGUCCUACAAAUUAAAGUUGCCUCUAGAUGAAUUGUGUAAGGAAGUAAAGAAUUACGAUGCUGUUAUUGUACGUUCGGAUACUAAAAUCACUGAAGCAGUUCUGGAAGCAGGUGCUGGUCACUUGAAAGCAGUAGGCCGGGCAGGUGCUGGAGUGGAUAAUAUUAAUGUAGAAGCAGCAACUAAACACAAUGUCUUAGUACUCAACACUCCGGGUGGCAAUUCGAUAUCAGCUUGUGAACUGACGUGCAUCCUAAUUGGUGCUUUAGCACGUAAUGUUAUACCUGCUGGGCAAAGCAUGAGAGAAGGACGUUGGGAUAGAAAAUUGUAUAACGGCACGGAACUGCAUGGCAAAACAUUGGCCAUUCUAGGUUUGGGCCGAAUUGGACGUGAAGUUGGCAUACGCAUGAAAACGUGGGGCAUGAGGAUUAUUGGUUACGAUCCAAUCACAACAGACUCAGAAGCUAAGGCGAUUGGUAUCGAAAAGAUGAGUUUAGAAGAAAUUUGGCCUUUAGCUGAUUAUAUCACCGUACACACACCAUUAAUACCAGCAACAAGAAAUUUGAUAUGUGCUGAAACUUUAGGUAAAUGCAAGGACGGAGUAAAAGUUGUUAACGUUGCUCGCGGUGGCAUAAUUGAUGAAGAAGCUGUGCUUGAAGCUCUUAAAACAGGCAAGUGUGGAGGAGCUGCAUUUGAUGUAUAUUCGGAGGAACCCCCUAAGUCUGAAGUAACCAAAACAUUGAUUGCUCAUCCCAGAGUAGUAGCAACUCCUCAUUUAGGCGCGAGUACCAGUGAAGCGCAAGUACGAGUGGCUGUGGAGGUAGCCGAACAAUUUAUUGCUUUAACGGGCACUUCUGAGAAAUACACAGCAUAUGCAGGUGUUAUCAAUAGAGAUAUUCUUGAUUAUUACAAAUAAUGCUGAAUAAAGCAUUUAAAUUCAAUUUUCUUUCAAAUUUAAUAAUUCAAUGGAAAAAUAACUAUUUAUGUUUAUGUUUACCAUUAAAAUGAAUGCAGUGAAAGAAUAUGGUUACAUUUUUGUGAAAAUAAACAUAAAUUAAUAAAAUAAUAAACAAUUAUGAAUUAUAAAAUAAA